UUCAUGGAAUCUAUAAUCAUCAUCAUGAUUUAAGAAAAGCAGAACAGAUUAGAGACUAAUGGCAACUACGGAACUAUGAUUCAGUUUUAUGAGAUCCAAGAAAGCUUUUAUACAAUUUCUACCCUCCAAUAGUCCUAGAAUUUGCACAAAGCUGCAUAGAAAAGGUGGGGGAGAGGGAGGCAAGGGAACACAUUUUCAUCAGCAUCAUAAUCAUCAAUGGAGGUACCAGUAGGAUUUCUGGCCAAGCUAUGGAGCUUUGUGUCCUUCUUGCCUUUCUUCUUUUUGCUCUUCAUCCUUGGCUCUGUGAAAGGUAUAAUCAUUGGUCCGAUUGUAGUACUCAUUAUUCUGAUUGGGAACACAUCCGUGGUUAUUGGCCUGUGGCCUGCUCAUUUUGUCUGGACUUACUAUUGUGUGGGAAAAAGCAAAAGGCUUGGAUGGGUUCUGAAGAUUGUUGUUCUCAUGACCUUGCCUGUGCCUUUGGUUCUUUGGCCGAUUGUGGCAAUAAUCGGAAGCCUGCUAGGCGGGAUAGGGUAUGGGUUUUUCGCUCCCUUGAUUGCAACUUUUGAGGCUGUGGGGAAGAAUGUGACAGAAAAAUUUUACCACUGUUUUGCGGAUGGUUGCAUUUCCACACUCAAGGGAAGUUGCACAGUUGCCCGAGACUUCACAGAUUUUUGUUUCCAUUCGUACUUCUCCUACAUGGAUGAACUUUCUGAGGAAGUACCAGAAGAUGAGGCACCAGUGGACCUAAAGUUGUCAAAGUUGCCAAGCUCUGUUUUGGUCUCCCUGGUGGCUAUACUUGUGGAUGUGCCUGUAAUUACGGUAGUUGCUAUCUGGAAAAGCCCUUACAUGUUGUUCAAAGGAUGGAAAAGGUUGUUAGAAGACCUGAUUGGACGAGAAGGUCCAUUUCUUGAGACUGUAUGUGUCCCAUUUGCAGCCCUUGCAAUCCUUCUGUGGCCUUUAGCAGUUAUGGGAUCUGUGAUAGCUGCGUGCCUGUACAGCUUCUUUCUUGCACUAUAUAGUGGAGUUAUUGUACAUCAGGAAGACUCAUUCAAGAUGGGACUUGCGUAUAUUAUUGCCAGUAUUUCACUUUUCGAUGAAUAUACCAAUGAUUUACUUUACUUAAGGGAAGGUUCAUGCUUUCCAAGGCCCUGCUAUCGGCGCAACACAAGGCCUCCUGAUCCCACUGACAAAGGAAAGUUAAAUCAUCAAACGAAUGAGAGGGAAGGACCAUGCAAUUCCAAGCUGGUUUCUGAAGGAUCAAGAAAACUGAAGGAAACCAUCCAACAAUAUACUCCAGUGCAGGUAUGGGAUUGGCUCUUCAAAUCCUGUGAGAUAAAUGGUAGGAUGCUUAUCCGUGAAGGUCUGAUAGAUGUGAAAGACAUUGGGGAAUGCAUUGUGAAGGGAAAGUGUAAGAAGUUGGGCAUCAAACUCCCUGCUUGGUCGAUUCUUGACUGUCUUCUUGCAUCAGCGAAGUCCAACUCCAGUGGUUUAGUUAUCUCUGAUGAGGUGGAGUUGACAGUGACCAAUUGGCCAAGGGACAGAGUUUUUGAGUGGUUCAUCUCUCCACUUUUUGUAAUCAAGGAGCAAAUAAAAGGAUUACAACUGUUGGAAGAUGAGGAAAUUUGUCUGAAAAAGCUAGUCAUGGGGUGCAAAAAUGAAAGCCCAGAGGAUUGGAAUGACAAAGGCUUCCCAUCUACUGACAGUGUCAGGAGAGCACAGUUGCAAGCUGUAAUUAGGAGGCUGGAGGGCAUUGUAGGUUCAUUAUCCCGAUUCCCAACGUUCAGGAGGCGAUUCAAGAAUUUGGUAAGAAUCUUGUACCUGGAGGCCAUGCAGAAUGGUCUUUUGUCAGAUCGUGUAAUAGGAAGGUUGAAUUCUGGAAGUUACACAAAGCAGUUUCGUGGAAGAGGUCGUCAAAAAUCAGACGAGAUCGGGCAGAGCAUCCACGACAAUGUUGACAAUGUCUGAUGGUUCACUUCUUCCUUGACUGUUUACGGUCUUGUAGUUCAUAUUGGAAUCAGGCUUAUGUGAGUGUAUGUGUGUGCGCAUUUUACUGCAAAAUAGAUAAAAUUCAAAUCAAUACAUUGUAGAGUAUCUA